AACGGUAGUCCUUACGAAGCAUGGAUUUCGGUGUGGGAUCGGUGUUCUCCGGCAUUAACGCCGCGUUCAUCUUUGCCGACUUCAUCUCCAAACUGAAUGACGUCCCAGAAGAGGCACGUCGCUUUAGCACCCUUAUUCACCGUGUCCGGCUUGACUACUAUGAGGCUCUUCGACUUAUUUCCCAUGAGUCUGUGCGAUCUCGGUUCACCAAGGAGCCAAAGAGCCGAGAAUAUGUUUAUGGGACUAUCAAGGCCGUGAAAAGCGCGCUUGCUGACAUAGGUCACUUCGUCGAGAGAAUCCGGGUUCAGGACGAGAGUGGAAAGGGAACCGUGACUUUGUCCAGAAAAUUAGAAUGGCUGUGGAAGUAUCGAAGCAAAGUGGACUCUAGCGAAAAAGUACUUGAUACCAGCCACAAAAGCAUGUUGUCGGCCAUUCACAGGAUGGAAAUUUGGAUAACCAUGGAUCAGAGCGCAGCAUUUUCAUCUAGCCUCAGUCCUCCAACAUACCACGAGGCUGUAAUGAGCCAAAAAUCAGGAUGCAGAAACGAUAAAAGAGCAGACGAGAAUGACGAGACAACAUGCAUCAUUUUCCCAGAGAGUAAAAGCCAUUUCAAAGUUAAUGAAUUGAUUAUUUCUGCCGAAGAGGACGAAGUAGCUGAUUCCAAGCCUGCAAUGUCUACCAGAGUCUACGACCCCGUCGAUACAGAGUAUACUUCUCCGAGUCGAAACAUCCAAUCUGAUGUGCCCUCAUACUCUCUUAGGAGGCGGCAGGACGCGCAACGACUGCGAGCGGAGUAUGUAUUGCCAAGAAACGUGGACCCAUUUCCAGAGUUCAAUGAUAUUUCUCGGUCAGUGAUGGCUAGGUCGAGCAUGUUGAGCUUGCGAUCCGAGUAUGCUCAGUUUUCCACGCUCCUUCCGGAGCCGCGGCCAGCCAAGCCCCCAUUUCAGACCCAAGAAAGCACCGGACCCGUCAGAGCAUCCUCGGAGAGGAGCACGAACCGACAUGCUGGGUCGAACAGUGCACGAUCGCGUUCUGUAAUGUCUGAGAGAAGAGAGCUACGGAGAGCAGGCAUGCUCCUAGCUUCAGGAGGUUACGACGCUACGCAUGGGCUCUGAGGAGAAUUCAUAUUGGUCCCGACGAUCUGAUAGGAGCGAGAUCUGCACUCGACAAGCGGCAUUCAGAUCGACAAAGCUCAAUUCGGUUCGAGGAACAUUGCAGCCGCGCUUGCGCACCGACAAGGAAUGUCCGGCCCCUCUUCACGUCGGCUCACAUUCCACGAAGUCUGAUUAAAGACAUUUUACGUGUCCAGUCUCUCAUGACUCGUAAAAACA